AUGGAAGCUUCAAAAAUUCAUUGUAAAUUUUCAAGAAAUAUAUGCUUUCUUCAACAAUGGAUAUCACUUAUUUUUACAUUUGGCUUUGUUAUUCCGUUCAUUCAAUCGUUAGAUUAUUCCGAAGCGCUCUCGAAAAGUCUCCUUUAUUUCGAAGCUCAACGCUCCGGUCGUUUGCCGUACAAUCAAAGAGCGAUUUGGCGUCAUCAUUCUGGCCUUACUGACGGACUUGAUCAAGGGGUGGAUUUGGUGGGAGGUUAUUAUGACGCCGGAGAUAAUGUUAAGUUUCAACUUCCGAUGGCUUUUACUAUAACGAUGCUAUCAUGGAGCGUCAUUGAAUAUGGCGAAGAUAUAGCCGCCGCGGGUGAGUAUAGAUACGCGCUUGAGGCAAUCAAGUGGGGGACGGAUUACUUCGUCAAAGCUCACACUCAUCCUAACGUACUCUGGAUUCAGGUGGGUGAAGGAGAUACGGAUCAUUAUUGUUGGCAAAGGCCGGAAGAUAUGACCACAUCUCGUCGAGCUUACAAGAUUGACGAGGAUCACCCCGGGUCGGAUGUCGCCGGGGAGACGGCAGCCGCGUUGGCGGCGGCGUCAAUUGUGUUUAGGAGAACAAAUCCUCAUUACUCUAACCUUCUCUUGGUCCACGCGGAACAGUUGUUUGAGUUUGGUGACAAGUUUAGAGGGAAGUAUGAUACAAGUGUUGGAGCAGCCAAAGGUUACUAUCCAUCUUUGAGUGGUUACAAGGAUGAGUUGUUAUGGGCAGCUAUGUGGCUCUACAAGGCCACCGACAAAUCUCAUUAUUUAAAAUAUGCAUUACAAAAUGCUCAAUCUUUUGGGGGUACAACUUGGGCUAUCUCUGAAUUCAGUUGGGAUGUCAAAUACGCUGGCCUCCAACUACUCGCUUCUACGUUACCGAGGCAAGGGAAGGGAGAGAAGGAAGACGAUAAAAUUCUCGAAGAAUAUCGUUCGAAAGGCGAAUACUACGUUUGUUCAUGUCUAAACCAAAAUAAUAAAACUAAUGUACAUCGCACCCCAGGGGGGCUAUUGUACAUCCGUCAAUGGAACAACAUGCAAUACGUAUCGAAUGCAGCAUUUCUCCUCAUGGUGUAUUCCGAUCAUCUCAGGGAAACUAAUCAGAUGGCUAGAUGUGAACGUCGUUCGGUGGGCCCUGAAGAAAUCUUCGCCUUCGCAAAAUCACAGGUUGAUUAUAUCCUGGGUUUGAACCCGCGAGGUGUGAGCUACUUGGUUGGCUACGGACCCAAGUAUCCCCAAAGGGUGCACCAUAGGGGUGCAUCGGUGGACUCAUUCAAAAAGCGUAAAAGCUUCAUCAGUUGUACCCAAGGCUAUGAUAAUUGGUUCGGACGUAAAAACCCGAACCCGAAUACGCUAAUCGGGGCACUAGUCGGUGGACCGGAUAACAAGGACCGGUUUAAUGAUCAUAGGAGAAAUUUCAUGCAAACAGAGGCUUGUACUUAUAACACGGCACCUCUUGUUGGGUUAUUUGCAAAAUUGAAUGGGCUAGACAGAGGAACCGACAUUGAAGAUUCAUCAUUAUUUUCAGCUAAAUAAAUAGUUUUAUGUGCCACGCAAUUGUUUUAUUUACUUUUGAUUGAUUGAAGAAAGAAAUAUACAACAAAAGGAAAAAAAGUAUAUAGACUAUAGAGUAUAAUUCGCUCGAUGUAUUCAUCUUUUGAUGUUCCACGGUUCACUUUUAUGAAUAAAUGAAAUUUACAUCUCUUCUUC